CAAUUGGCAGAACGGGGAUUAGAAUCCGAGUCCUCUGGCUCCCAGGCCUGUGCUCUUUCCACUUUGCCACGUGGAUUCUACGUGAGGCUUCUUGGACGUGCUUGGAAGUUUGGUCUGAUGCGUGUUAAACUAAGAGCAGGGGCUCACGCAUAUGCUUCAUGAACAAAGAUAUCUUCUCAACAAUCCAUUUGGCUGUGUCUGUCUUGGUGCAUCAAUUUCCCAGAUACAAAGAGAGGACCGGCUGACGUCACCCAGGAGGCGAUAAAUAUCUGUUGAUAUAAUUGGAUGUGAGAUCCCGUGUUGUGAUAGCAAAAACCGUGCCCGGUGCCCCUUCGAAGGACCCAUGAUUUAUUCAGGAGCGGAGCGGAGCACGCAAUCAAGCUGUCAAGAAAGCGUCAUCUUCUUAGGCAAGUGCUGCGUGGUUCCAGAAGAGGGUCUAAGCUAUAAAAAUCCCGCAACGGGGCUGUGGCUGCGAGAAAAACCUUAUCCCCGGUUCCCAGACGGACAGCUCCGAGAGAGCCUCGGAGAAAGGGCAGAGGCGCCCGAAAAAGCCCCCCCAACUUUUCCCCGCGCCGAAAGGCGACCACCCGCCCCGCUCACCUGCGGCAACAUCGCGAAGAUCGACGCCCCCAGUCGCUCCCCGCCCCGACCCCCCAACAUGAAGGUCCAGCUCCUGGUGUCCGCCGCGAUCCUGCUGGUGGCCGUCCCGGCCGGCCGAGACUGCAGACCUCUCCUCGGAAAGGGCCUCGCCGGCGGCCCUCGCCAGCCCCUGGACUUCCUCCAGCAGCCGCCGUCCCAGCUGCAGCUGCAGCAGCAGCUGCAGCAGCUGCAGCAGCUGCAGCAGCAGCAGCCGGUGCUGCUCCGCAUGGGCGAAGAGUAUUUCCUGCGCCUGGGCCAUCUCAACAGGAGCCCGGCCGCUCCCUCCUUCUCCCCCGGCAGCACCAGCCGCUUCGCGCCGGACACCUCUGCAGCCAACUUUUUCCUGGCAGCUGUGCCCCAGCUGCAGCAGCUGCCCCCCCGCCCGCCGGUCACCCCGCAGGGAGCCGCCCAGCAAGAGGCGAUGGAGAGGGAGAAGCGAUCGGAAGAGCCACCCAUCUCGCUGGAUCUGACUUUCCAUCUCCUCCGAGAGGUCUUGGAGAUGGCCCGGGACGAACAGUUAGCGCAGCAAGCCCACAGCAACAGGAAACUGCUGGAGAGUAUUGGGAAAUGAGACCCUCCCCCCCGCGUUUGGCCAAAGGAGAGAGGAGAGAGAGAGAGAGAGAGUCUGCAUUUAGCACAAAAAGUACCAUAGUGCUGCUCUGGUAUCAUUUGUUUAUUUUUCUAUAGCUUGAAACGUUAGAGGAUGUACGUCUAAGGAGCCUAGACCCUUUAUUCGCAUGCACAAAGGUGUAUUUCAGUGCAGUGACACACAAAAAAAAUCAUUCGUAACUCCUCCUUUUCUUUUCCUCUCCCAAGUCGUGCUAGUAGCGUGUGUAGGCUUGAAAGAAACGUGGCGGAAAAAAAGCGGAUGGAAGCCGUCUCCUGGGCGAGAGGGAGGGGUUGGCUAAAGCAGGGAGGAAAAGCCUUUUCUCUCGGAGUUCAGGCUGGGCGAGGGGUGGGGAAUCCUGUAAACUCUUCUCGAUCGACUUUUUCCUUGUAAACAUUUCCAUAAUAAAACAUUUUCCCAGCGCUCGGUCAAUUUGGUUGUGUAAGAGAAUGUGUAAUAUUUAUAUUUUUAAUAAAAGCUGCAAAGGUAAA